AUGGCAGACAAGGCAGUGACCAAGCUCCCGGCCCGCAUACAGGACUCAAAGCCCCGCAAAGGCGAGACGUUGCGCAAAGAGCAGUAUCGCUACCUCCGCUGGGAGCGCAGGCACAGCCGCAAUGGAGGCCUAGGAUGGGCGCAAAUUAUCUGGCCCAAUAUGCCUGAGAAAGCUGGCGACACCAUCCCCUCGCUCCCGAGCAUCCGUGAGCUGAUCAGUAGCCUUAUUGUGCGCGGCGCUCUUCCUUUGCCGCUCGCUUUUCACGUGACUGAGUUUGCCAACGGCAUGUGCAGUCGCGUCUUCAAGCUUGAGUUUCCCGAGGGCACCGAGAUGCCUGACGGCAUGAAGAGCACAGUACUGCUCCGUUUCGCAGCGCCCCUGGAUCCGUACUGGAAGACAGAGUCGGAGGUGGCGACCAUGGCAUGGCUGGCGGCCAAGACCUUUGUGCCGGUCCCGCGGGUGUAUUUCUUCGAUUCGUCGGCGAACAACGACCUCGGGUUGGAAUGGGUGAUUAUGGAACUGGUCGAGGGAUACACGUUUGCCAACUGGAUCGACGACUGGGCCGACGAGGAUGGAAUGGACCAGCUGACGUUAACAGAUGAUCAGAUGAGCCUCGUUGGCUAUCAAGCCAACAGUUACCUGUUGAGCCUGCGCGCACGCCAGUUCGACAAGAUUGGCAGCCUGUACUGCAACUGGGGAACAGGUGAGUUCUAUGUCGGCCCGAUGGUUCACCUUGACUACUUCCAUGGUGACCGUCUCCAGUACGAAGGUUUGCAGCGGGGACCAUUUAGCAAUAUUUCCGAAUAUUUCAAGUCCCUGACGGAUCUCACGAUUCUCGAAGCCCGCCACAUGCAGGAAGCUGAUCGGAACCAGGUCCUGGCACUGACCGGUGCUGCGUGCUGGGACGUUGUUGGCGAGAACGAUCCUGGGUUUACAAAGCCACCGAGCGUCCAGGGUUUACAGAGUCGCGCCAACCAGAUCAACACCGAGCUGAUGCCACGCCUACUAGCGCACGUCAGGGACCUACCAACAUUUGCCGGGGGCGUGAACAACGAGGCUGGGCCCGUCGACGGAUGGCACACUGAACUGAUGCAUCCCGACUUACAUAGCAACAACGUGCUCGUUCCCCGUUCGGCGAUCGGGAUACCCAAGAUCGCGGCCAUCAUCGAUUGGGAUUGGACGUGUUUGAUGCCGCCCUCGCUGUCGGGGUCAUGCCCGCCCUUGAGUUGGAAUUUCAGGAUAGGCUGGCUGGGAGCGUCAGAAGGAUAUUCUUCCGACGCUGCAGGGCUAUCCCGUCAACAACAUUGCAUCCGCGAUCUCAAGCCCAGCGAAGAAAUUCAUUGUCAAGCGCGCCCUGGCGCUGCGAAGCGGUUCACCUCGUGUGCCGAAGAAUAG